AUGAACAGGGUGGGCCCCCGAAGGCGCGAAGCCGGCGUUGGUCGGAGGCGCGAGGCCGUGACGGACGCUGGGAGAAGCCUGGAGAAGAAAUGGAUGAAUUCUGAGCACAAGGCAGACCUUGGGAGAUUUAAACUCGCUGCAGGGAGUUUUUACUGAGAUCCAGUGCAAGAUAAAGGUAUACAAACGAGUGAAAAUUCUAAAUUUUAUGCUAUCUCCUCACAAUUUGAGCUAUUUAGUACCAAAGGGAAAACUGUGAAACACGAAGAGAAGAUGGACUGCGAUGGGGGAUACGUUAAGAUUUUUUCCUCACGUUUGGAUCAGAAGAACCUAAGUGGAGAUUCACAUCGCUACAUCGUGUUUGCAAAAAAACCCACUGAUUGGGAUGAUCGAAUGCAAAUUGAUGAUCCAAAUGACAUCAAACCUGAGGAUUGGGAUGAACCUGAAUACGUCAUGGACACUAAUGCUGAGAAACCUGAAGAUUGGGCUGAUGCUGUGAAUGGAGAACAGCAUUCAAAAAGGUCAAGAAUCCUCGAAAGUGCUAUGUCUGUCUUGGUUCUUUUUUACCCCGCUGAAAGGGACAUAAAGCAGACUGAGGAAGAGCGGGAGAGAGAAGGGGUCACAGAAGAAAAAUACUUUGAACAAUGCUUUAAG